UAUUUCUACCGGAAGUAGACAAGAGUAACCGGAAGUAGUAUCGUCGGGGAGGAAACGCGUAACUGGUUUUUCUGCACGCUCUUUCGAAGCAGAGCGAAUGAGUGUUUUGUGUAUUUAUCCUACAAUAUUCCUUUUACAACAUGGACAGAUGAUGUCUGCGUAGUUGGAUACAUGGAUGUGGUCCCACUUUGCACAUAGCCCAUCGUCAUUUUUGCUCUGAAAGUGACCUAGCACUUAAACGUUCUGCAUCCCACAACACUUCCUGGGGCCGCUGAAAUGGCCAAUAGCACCGCAACGGCAGGGAAGGUUAUCGGAGCACCUGGACCUGCAGGCAGAAGUAGCCCCGAAGGAUCUCAGGUGCUUAGCAAGAAGAAGCUUCAAGACCUGGUAAGAGAAAUUGACCCCAACGAGCAGCUGGAUGAGGACGUUGAGGAGAUGCUGUUGCAAAUUGCUGACGACUUCAUUGAGAGUGUUGUCACGGCCGCUUGUCAGCUGGCGCGCCAUCGCAAGUCCAACACCUUGGAGGUCAAGGAUGUCCAAUUACACCUCGAGCGUCAAUGGAACAUGUGGAUCCCGGGUUAUGGCUCAGAUGAGAUCAGGCCCUUUAAGAAAGCGUGCACAACAGAGGCUCACAAACAGAGGAUGGCCCUGAUUCGCAAGACAACCAAAAAGUAGCAGAACUAAAUUUUCCUUAUGUUAAACCCACCUUGUACUUUUUUUUUUUUGGGGGGGGGGG